AUGCGCGGCACUCUCAUCUUCGCGGGCUCUUCAUGCCCGGCCCUCACUACGCAAAUAUGUGAGAACCUGGGCAUGGCUCCUGCCGAGGCGGAGCUUACCCAAUUUUCCAAUGGCGAGACGAGCGUGCGAAUCUUGACUAGCGUCCGAGAGAAGGACGUCUUCGUUGUCCAGUCCGGCAGCGCCAAUGUCAACGAUACCAUCAUGGAACUGUUGAUCAUGAUCUCGGCCUGCAAGGGCGGCUCGUCGAACAAGAUCACUGGUAAGCACAACCCCUUGCUCACUCAAUCCACCACCAUCGCGUCGCUAACCCUCGUCCUUCCAGCUGUGCUGCCGUACUUCCCCUACAGCCGCCAGUCCAAGAAGAAGUCCCACCGCGGUGCGAUCACGGCGAGAAUGCUGGCCAACCUCCUCGGCGUCGCUGGCGUUAAGCACGUCAUCACCGUCGACCUCCACGCGUCUCAGAUGCAGGGCUUUUUCAAAUGUCCCGUCGACAACCUCCACGCCGAGCCCUUGUUGGCGAGAUGGAUCCGUCACAACGUGCCCAACUGGAAGGAGGCUGUUGUCGUAUCCAAGAACGCCGGCGGUACCAAGCGUGUGACAUCGCUUGCGGACGCCCUGAAGCUGAACUUUGGAAUGGUCACUACUGAGAAGAAGCGUGGUGGCAACAUGACAUCCAGCAUGAUCAUGCACCACCUUGAUAACUUCGAACGCGACCCCCUCUUGGAGAGCAGUCUUACUCCAACUGCCGGCAGACCCACUACCCCUCCCCCCAACGGUCGCGCUGCUAGAGUGAGAGCCGACGCUCACGGCUCGCCUCAGCACACCAACCCACCACGCUCUCAUCCCCGCACUAUGGAUGAGCGGCCAACAACCCCUACACAGUCGAAGCCCACCAACGGUGCUACGGAGGACGACGAGGAGGGCGAUGCGGAGUAUGAUGACCGCCGCGCUCACGAAGUCACCCACGGGCGUCUUGUCCAAGGUCACAUUGUGGACGACGACUAUCCAUCGCCGGCUACCUCGACCGCGGGCGGCAGCGUCCGCGACGACGACCCGAUGACCAUGUCUCAGGCAUCCUCCUUCUUCGCUCCUCAGCCCCACGCGCUGGGCGGCUCCGGCGACGCGGUUCCCGAAUCAGACGAGGAAGACGACGUUCUCAAGGAUCCCAAGGUCGAGCACAUGAUCACGCUGGUCGGCGAUGUCAAGAACAGAACCGUCUUCAUCGUGGAUGACAUGAUCGAUAAGCCCGGAUCCUGGAUUGCUGCGGCCGAGACUGUGGUCAAGAAGGGCCGCGCGAAGAAGGUCUACUGCAUGGCCACCCACGGCGUCUUUGGCGGCGACUGCCUUGAGCAGAUGCAGAAAUGCGAGUGCAUUGACACCAUCAUCGUAACCAACAGCUUUCCCAUUCCUGAGGACCAGGCCAAGCGCACCCCCAAGCUUGUCGUCCUUGACCUCUCUUUCCUCCUCGCCGAGGCCAUCCGCCGCAACCACUACGGCGAGUCAAUCUCUCCCUUGUACCAGCACAUCCUGGACUAG